UAACACUGUUCUAGCUGCAAAAGUUCUCUGAACAAAAGGCUGCUUUUGUUCUCUUUUUCUUUUUUCUCUCUCUCUUCAACUACUUGAGUUGGAAAAGAGGAAAGAAAAUGGAGUUUUGAAGGAAUGCAUAUGGGAAUUGCAGACAAAAGAAAAAAAAAACUAGAAGGAAACACGUAAAAGGAUUUGGUUGGAGGUUGUUAACAACAACAAAAAGAAAAAUGCUUGAAAAGCACCACCAGCAGGUGGAGGUUCGGCACGGGAAGAGCGAGGCUUGCCCCUCUAGGAACCAAGCAGGAAAUAGAGAGCUGCUGGGGACAGACGCACACGCAGAAGUUUUGCAUGCAUGGGAAAAAUCAGGCGUGGGUCUGCAAAGAGGAUUCGCUCUGGAGUCAGUCUGGCUUCUGUGUUGUCCGGAUGUUACCUGGGAGGCCCAGUUACCACAAACCAAAACAAACAAGGAUGAUUGAAGGAAGCAAUAAUCAUCAUUUAUUGAAAAACCAGCGCUGGUGGCCCCUCCCUGAGCUUAACAGCUAGUCAGAGAGUCGCGUGCAGCUGCCUGGGUCACAAGUUUUUAUAAUUUGGCAUUACUACACAAUUAGGCGUCAACGUUCAGCCCCAAAGAACCAAUCAGUUCAUUACAUUCGUACAUAUGCUUGCAUAGAGGCUGGACUUUGCGCUCUAAGUUUCUAAGUUUCUAUUUCACAGCAGAGAGAUAAUUAAUUAAUAGGAGAAGCCUUCACAUUCCUAGAACAAUGCAGUUACUAUUCAGGGGAGCCUAUCUCUCCCCGCUGCUGCAAACCCCCACUUGUUCUGCUCUGGGCAGAUAGCUGACCCAACACUUUCGUUUGGUCUGUACUUUUCCAUCCCACAGAGGCACUGAUUUGCAAACACACUUUCUACAAAGCAAUUACAAAGCAGCUUUCUGAAAAGGCAUUUUCCAUUCCACACGGACCUAGCUCAGACGUCGCCAUGAUUCUCCACGCCGGGCUGUGCCCAGGCCUCACGGCUGAGAUGGCCCGGCUUCUGAAGGCCAACGGCAUCAGAACAGUGGUGGAUCUCGUCUCGUCAGAUCUGGAGGAAACUGCCCAGAAAUGUUCCUUGUCUUAUAAGGCCUUGGUUGCGAUCCGGCGGGUGUUGCUGGCGCAGUUUUCCGCCUUCCCGGUCAACGGGGCAGAACUCUACGAAGAGCUGAAGAGCGCAACGGCUAUCUUGUCUACUGGGAGCAAAAGUGUGGACAAGCUUCUGGACUCCGGUUUAUACACGGGGGAAAUGACAGAGUUCGUGGGAGCGUCCGGCAGUGGCAAAACCCAGGUGUGCCUCAAAAUUGCAGCAACGGUGUCUCAAAGUCUGAGGCAGGGUGUCCUCUAUCUCGAUUCCAUGGGAGGGUUCACGGCUUCCCGCUUACUCCAGAUGCUGCAGGGCGGGACGGAGAAGGAAGAGGAGCAGGCGGCGGCGCUUCAGAGGAUACAAGUCGUCUGUGCAUUUGAUGCCUAUACAAUGUUGGAUGCCUUGCAGGACGUCAGGAGCAGCAUGGCCCAGCAGGUCAUAAGUGCAUCUGGGCCAGUGAGGGUCGUGGUGGUCGAUUCGAUCUCGGCAGUCAUUUCUCCUCUCCUGGGGAGCCGUCAUCCAGAUGGCAUGGCGCUCAUUAUGCACCUGGCCCGGGAGCUGAAUAUGCUAGCCAAGGAGUUUGGAAUGGCUGUCGUGGUGACCAACCAUGUAACCAGAGAUGCCAGCAAUGGUCUCUUCAAGCCAGCGCUGGGACGCUCCUGGAGUUUUGUGCCCAGCACCCGGGUGCUGUUAGAGCGCCGCGAGGAGCUGCACCCAGGAAAAGCCAGUGCCUGUCGGAUGGCGUCCUUGCUAAAAUCCCCCCGGCUGGUGAGAACGCCUGACGAUUGUCCCCUGGGUCCCCAGAGGCAGGCUGAGCAGAGAGGCCGCGUGACAGAGUAGCCAGUUCAGCCUGGAGAGGAGGCGGUUCAGGCGAGAGCCCGUUGGGAUCCAGGUGGAUCUGGACCUGGGGAAUUGGGAGCCUGAGGAAGACGCUCAGAGGGCAUCUGGAGAGGGGCCGUGACGGAAGAUGCUCGCAGGCCUAGAGGUUCCCUGCCCACCGGCUGGCUCUCCUGCAAAGUGCGGGCCCCAAAGCCGAGAGGAGAGACCGUCUUUCAGAAGAGGAGCCUAGGGGAGAUUCCCACUUGCUUUCGUGGCUCACUGGCGGCGCCCCGAUGGACAGCAAUCUGGCACACUGGUAGACUGCAACUGGCCGCCAAAGUGAGGUUUUCUUUUAAGUUGCCUCCAUUUAGACACAGCUUUGGGAAGUCUCUCUUCACAACACCACCAACAAAACACCUAAGUCUAAUGGGGGCAAUUCUCAGGGGUAAUUCUCUUGAACUCCUUGCCCAAACUGGUCUGAACGGAAACCAUUUUCCCAGAGCUGUCUUAGGCCUGGUUAGGACAAGCAGCAGAUGAGAUGGUAGAUCUGUCUGGACUGUACCAUUUCAGACUAUAGGAAAUCUCUGGACUGUACCAUUUCAGACUACAGGUAUAUCUGUCUGGACUGUACCAUUUCAGACUGCCACUAGAUCUAUCUAGACUGUACCAUUUCAGACUGCCGCUAGAUCUGUCUGGACUGUACCAUUUCAGACUAUAGGCAGGAGGAUAGCAUAAAUAUUCCUCUGUAACAAAAAAAGAGGGUGGGGGAACCACCUGCAAACAACAAGCUAAGCAAACUAAUCCAGCUAGAAUCUUUGUUCCUGGCAUGCUAGUUUUCUGGUUGUGGGGAUUUUAAUUCUUCAGAGGGGAAGCAUUCAGUCCUGUGAGUAUUCCACCUGCUGCAAUCUAAAACAGUGUGGUUCAGACACAGGUUAGCAGCUGCUGAGGGGGGUGAAUGGGACCCACCGUGCAAGGGACAGAUUAGGUUUCGGGCUCCUCUGUUGCAGCUUAGGCAGCUUGAAUGGAAGAAAGCCCUUUCUCUCUUUCUCAGGGAUAUCAGUUCACCUACUGGGCAGCCGGAACCUCCUUGCGGAGAGAUGGAGUUACUGGAGUGGUUUGCAGUCCCAUGCGAAGAUGGGGUCGGCUCUGUUAUUGGAGCGUGCAAAGCCGUCUCAGCUGUAUAGAGACUUAUUCAAUAAAUGGAUUCCCCCCCCCC